AUGGCUGAAGCAAUGGAUAUGGGCAAGCCCCAGUGCGGUGGUGGCGAGGAGGAGGGAGAGUAUGACCUGCCUCUUCACGUUGCUGGUCUCUUCUUGGUGUUGGGAGCCUCUAUCCUUGGCGCUGGGUUUCCCGUAGCAGCGAAGAAGAUCAAGUGGCUCAAGGUCCCGGAGAGAGUCUUCUUCGCUUGCAAGCACUUUGGUACUGGCGUUCUCAUUGCUACGGCUUUCGUUCAUUUGCUCCCCACCGCAUUUUUCAGUCUGUCAGACCCUUGCCUUCCGGAUCUAUUCACGGACCAGUAUCCUCCUAUGCCCGGAGUCAUUAUGAUGGCAUCACUUUUCUCUCUUUUCGUUAUCGAGGUUUGGCUUAACAGCAAAAUGGGUGGCCAUUCUCAUGGUGGCGCUAAGGGGUUUGAAGCUACUAUGAGCCCGCAGCAGAUGGCGCAGAUGGCGGGCAUCAAGCAGCACCAGCAACAACAGUUUGGCACACCACAGCGACCCCCGAGAUACAACCGCAGCAGCUUCGAGACCGAUGACGAUAUCAACUACGAGAAGAAGAUGGCUCAGAAGAUGUACGAGGAGAACACCAGGACACAGGAUGGCAACCCAUUUGCUGACAACAACGAGCUGGACCUCGCACCCUCUGAGAUGCCGCCGUGGUUCAUCGUCUUCUACGAGCAAUAUGUCCGCCAGCGCCUCGAGAUGAUGUCCAUGAUCAAGUCUGCCGGUGUUUCCUACCAGGAGCCCAAGCAGGCCCCUAUUGUCGCUUCGGAGCCCAUUUUCGAUGUUGAGGGUCAAGCUGUGGACCCAUUGGUCUACAAGAAGAUGUCCAUGAACAUCACUCUUCUCGAAGGAGGUAUCCUGUUCCACUCCGUCUUCGUCGGUAUGACCAUUUCCAUCACCAUUGAGGGAUUCGUCAUUCUCCUGGUCGCCAUCCUCUUCCAUCAGAUGUUUGAGGGUCUCGGUCUUGGAUCGCGUAUCGCUGCUGUUCCAUACCCCAAGGGUAGCAUCAAGCCGUGGCUGCUUGUUGUUGCCUUCGGAACAACCGCUCCUAUCGGACAAGCUAUUGGUCUCCUCGCACGCAACAGCUACGACCCCAACAGCGCCUUUGGUCUCAUCAUAGUCGGUGUUUUCAAUGCCAUUUCAUCGGGUCUCUUGAUCUACGCUGCCACUGUAGACCUUCUUGCCGAGGAUUUCCUCUCGGAAGAGGCACAAGCGACUUUGACCAAGAAGGACAAGAUUACCGCCUUUUGUUGGGUCUUGACUGGAGCUGCUGGCAUGUCCAUUGUCGGUGCAUUUGCCUAA